AUAUGCGGCUGCGCAGUGAGCGGCUCUGUGGCGGCGCUGGAGGAGGGAGCGCCGAGGUCGGCGGGUGAGUGAGAGAGACAGAGCGUGUCCGCUGAAGGAGCAGCUCCGAACGAGUACGGCGGCGAAGAGGGGACGGGCGUCUUGGAGCCCGCUGCACCGCCCCCUCAAACCCGUUCUGGUAGAGGUUGAACUCAGCGAGUGUCAGAGAGGAUCGCUGUGCCCGGGUCCACAUCUGUCCAGUCAACCAUGUACUGCCUACAGUGGCUGUUGCCCGUGCUGCUCAUCCCCAAGCCGCUGAACCCGGCGCUCUGGUUCAGCCACUCCAUGUUCAUGGGCUUCUACCUGCUGAGCUUCCUACUGGAGAGGAAACCGUGCACCAUCUGCGCCCUGGUCUUCCUCGCCGCCCUCUUUCUCAUCUGCUACAGCUGCUGGGGCAACUGCUUCCUCUUUCAGUGCGGCGGGGCCCCGCUGCCCGACUCGGCUCACGACCCCAGCAUUGUCGGCACCUAGUUGUAGCAAGUCCCUCCCCAGCCCGGCAUACAAGUCGCCUGUAAAUUAUUCUCACCUUCCUGCUGGCCGUUUCUUCCUUCUCCAUCUCCGUGCAGUUCCUGAGGCGAGUAGACGCGGUGAUCUCCGACUCUUCGCCAGAGGAGAAAUCUCAAAACUUCCUUUCACCGCAUUCUUGCGUCCAAAAAAACAAAAAUCGCUGGCCAAGCAGAAGGUUUUUCGUCUGCAGCUUCCUCUGCAAAGGAUAACUUGUCGACCUGAAGCAAGACUCUUGCAUGGAUUUGUAUUUAGACCCUGCGCUGUGAAUGAUUACUGAAACUCAGUAUUUUUACUGUUCUCCCAAGCCCCUCCCCGAAGAAGUGGCCUUCUUACAAACUAUUUAGUGGAAGCGUUCGGUGGUGGUUUUCAAAUUCUGAAAUGAUGAACCUCAAGUAAAGGCCUAAUGUCUACUAUCAAUCUUCAAGUUCUUGAUGAUGACUUGGAAGAUGCUUUUUUUGGCUAUUAACGUGCAGGAUUUCAUUCAGUGGGAGGUCUUGGUGUUCAUGGUUAAUUUAGGAUAUCAUACACAAGUUUCUUUGGGUGUUUGUGUGUUUCCUGACCUUUCUAUGACAAUGGUGCUAUUUCUGCACAAUUUUGUUAGCUGAAAUAGUAUCGCUUCUGUAUUUCAAGAUGCAGGGAUUUUAGUGUAGGCUGCAAUUAAAUGAAUUGCUUCACAGUUUACAUAUCCAGUUUAUUUUUGCACAGUGGGUUGAGAUCUUUGUGAAAGGUACAAGCCAGAUAGUGUUGGCAAUAUUGAUAUUUAACUUCCAGUUCAUUAUCUUUGUGCCACCAGGGAGCUCAUUUUAUUUAUUCUUGCUCUUGUUGUAAAUGAAAUGAGCUACUUGUUCAGUUAUGAUAUUUCUACUUGAUCUUUGAUUGUGUUUAAACCCACUAGUGCACUGCCAUCUGCGUCUGUGAUGUGCGAGCGUGUUGCAUGAUGCAGUCUACAGCACCAAAUGUUUUUAAAUGAGCUUCAAAAAAAUAAAACGGGUUUACAGCAUUAUUUGCUUUGUUUUGUGAAAUCAUGAAUUGGUCAUUUAAAGUUUGGUGUGCUGGCAUCGAAUUGUCUAUCCCUCCAUGCUUGAUUAAUGAUACUGUAUUAGUUUUUUAUCUGACUAGGUAAGAGGGAACCAUAUUUUUCAACUAAAUUUUAUAAAUUUCUUUUGGGUGUAUUAAAUGUUUUUAAAGUACAAAUUGAAAACUGUUUGAUCUGAGAUUUUAUCUGCUUUUCCCCCUUCUGUGGACCGAAUAAAAAUUGGCAGACUCCAUGUCUACUCUAUUUAUGCCUCUCAAUCUAUAAGAUUGAGAGGCAUAGAUAGGGUAUGCAACAGAGUAUCUUUUUGCGAGGGUAGAAAUGUCUAAUACUAGAGCAUGCAUUGGAGAUGAAAAGAGGUAGAUUUGAAAGAUAUGAAGGGCAAGUUUUUUUUUACUCUGGAUGCCUGGUGUGAUGGUAGAGGAAUUACAUUAAAGGAUUUUAAGAGACAUGUAGAUAGGCACAUGAAUGUUGGGAAGAUGGAGGCAUAUACACACUGUAGGUAGGGAUUCAUUUUGGAGGGGAAGGGGUUAAUUUACUUUUCAGCUGGUUCAGCACAACAUUGUGCACAGAAGGGCUUGUUCCUAUGCUGUAUUGUUCUAUAUUUUUAAUAAUUAAAAGAAAUCCCAGGAUAGAGAACCAUUAAUACCAAGCUGCUUCUCAUACAAUGUUCUUGUAAAUGUACUUUCCUAUCAGAUAUACUAGUAAUGGUUACUCCAAGCAGCAAGUAUGACAGGAUUUCCUUUGUCCACUUGCUGUAUCUCACCUUGCCUCAACUUUCCCAGUUGGGAGAAAAUAACGCAGAAGAGUAGAGCCAAUGUAACUUUACCAUCAGUGGUGGAACCUGUGUAAAUUUUAUAUUUAGAGAGAGAUAUGUCUAUAAUCUUUGUUUUUUGAGGUUCUUUCAACAAAUAGCAUGCAACUUGGAUUGGUUUUUGGACUUAAAACCAUCAUUUUUGAAUAUGUGACACAGCCCAGGUAUUCACAGUAAAAAAUAUGUGAUUAACUACAUCAAGAAUUGACAUUUUGUAUUUCAGUCAAUGUCUUUAAUUAUGUGGUUGUUCAAUUGAUAAUGCAGAAAAGGCAUUUCUCUGCCUUGUAUACAGUCCUUGAGUGGAGUGUUAACUGUAAGUAGAACUUGUACAAGUAGGUGGUUUUCCACUGGCACCAUGGCCAAGGAGUGAUCUGAUAAGAGGAUAGAUUGCCAGAUCCUCUUGCCCUGAAGAUUAAAAUGUCAAAGGCAAGAGGGCAAAUGUCUGAGAGGAAAUCGUGAAGGUGUUUUGAGGCAAGCUUUUCUGUUUGUACACGGUGGUAGUGCCAGAACCUGCUGCCAGGAAGGUGAUGGAAUUGGAUAGUAGUGUUUCUGGCCUCUAGAGAAGCACAUGGAACAGGGGAACAAUGACAGACAGACCUUGCACAGUUGGGUGGAAUUUGUUGGUUUGGCAAUUUCAGCAUAACAUUAGUGUGCUGACAGGUCUGUUCUGCGCUGUACCAGUUUUGUAACUACUAGAAAUUCAGUUUACUUUCUUCCUUGGUAAUAAAUUCAAUUAACAGCGUUGUUUCAAAUAUCUGAUAAUAAUGGCUGUCACAUCAGCAGGGAAGCACAGUAGCUAAGGCUGCUGUAGUGCCAUUGUAAUAUCCUGGGUUCAGACCUGCCCUUGGGUAUCGUCUGUGUAGUUUGUAUGUUCUCCCUGUCACUUCAUCCCCCACCAGUCACCACCCCCAAUGUGCUUUAGUUUCAUUCAUAUCCCAAAGAUAUGCUGGUUGUCCAUUGUAAUUUUCUCUUGGUAUAGUAGGGUAGCUGGGAAUUAGGCAUGUGAAAAGGAGAGGGUUCCAGUGAAAAUAUUGAAGGAAUAGGACUGAUGAAUGCUCGAACUGGUAUAGAUUUAAGUUAAAUGCCCUUGAGCCAUAAGAAAAUGUGAGAAACCUGGUCUGGUCUCAAAACUUGUUUUUAAUAGUUAGCAUUGAUGGGACUUUCAAAAAGCAGCUACCUAAAUUUUCAAGCACUAAAAAAUACGACUUAAUUGCUUACUGGGGGUGAGACAGAAACAAGUGUUAUGGGGGUGAAGCUCCUAAGCUCAGGUUGUACAUUGAUCACAAAAAUCCAAACCUUAAAUUCUAAUGCGAAUGAGCAAUAACAUGUUCUGUCAGUUGUGUUUUUUGUGGCUUAAUUAGUGGUUUUGGUGGAGACAGGAAUCCAAAUUGGAUUGUAAAUUGUACUUGGAUUUUCAGAGGGCCUUUGACAAGGUGCCACACGUGCAGCUACUUAGCAAGCUGUGAGCCCAUGGUAUUACAGGAAAGAUUUGGGCGUGGAUAAAGCAGUGACUGAUUGGGAGGAGGCAAAGUCUGAGAAUAAAGGGAGCCUUUUCUGGCUGCCUGCCUGUGACUAGUGGUGUUCAUGGGUCUUUGUUGGGACAGAUUUUUUUUUAAUGUAUGUCAAUGAUUUAGAUGAUAGAAUUGAAGGCUUUGUUGUAAUGUUUGCAGGUGAUGUAAAGAUAGGUGGAGGGGCAGGUAGUUUUGAGGAAGUAGGCUACAGAAGAACUUUGGCAGAUUAGUAGACUGGGCAAAGAAAUGGCAGAUGGAAUGCAGUGUCAGGAGUGUAUGGUCAUGCACUUUAGUAGAAGAACUGAAAGGGUUGACUUAUGGAGUGAAAAUGCAAAAAAAAAAACCUGGGAUGCAAAGGCACUGGGGAGUCCUUGUGCAGGAUUCCCUAAAGGUUAACUUGCAAAUUGAAUGUGUGGUGAAGGAGGCAAAUGUGAUGUUGCCGUUCAUUUCAAGAGGACCAGAGUAUAAAAGCAAGGUUGUAAUAUUGAGACUAUAAAGCACUGGUGAGGCCUCACUUGGAAUAUUGUGAGUGGGUUUGGGGCCCCUUGUCUUAGAAAAGGUGUGCUUAUACAAGUGAGGGUUCAAAGGAGGUUCAUGAAAAUGAUUCCAGGAUUGAAUGGAUUGUCAUAUGAAGAACAUUUGAUGGCUCUUGGCCUGUGUUUGCUGGAAUUCUGAAGAAUGAAGGGUGACCUCAUUGAAACCUAUCAAAUGGUGGAAGGCCUUGAUAGUGUAUGCGGAGAAGAUGUUUCCUGUGGUGGGAGAGACUUAAGACCGGAGGAGAGGUCACAGCCUCAGUAGAGGUGUAUCCUUUUAGAAUGGAGAUGAGGAAUUUCUUUAGCGAGAGUGAUGAAUACUUUGCUUCAGUAUUCACUACGGAAAACACCUUGGCAAUUGUAUGAAUGACUUGCAGCGGACUGAAAAGCUUGAGCAUAUAGACGUUAAGAAAGGAUGUGCUGGAGCUUUUGGAAAGCAUCAAGAUGGCUAACUCUCUGGGACCAGAUGAGAUGUACCCCAGGCUACUGUGGGAGGCGAGGGAGCAGAUUGCUGAGCCUCUGGCAAUGAUUUUUGCAUCAUCAGUGGGGGUGGAAGAGGUUCCAGAGGAUUGGAAGGCUAGAGAUCUUGUUCCAUUAUUCAAGAAAUGGAGAAGAGAAAGCCCAGGAAAUUAUAGACCAGUGAGUCUUACUUCAGUAGUUGGUAAGUUGAUGGAGAAGAUCCUGAGAGGUAGGAUUUAUGAACAUUUGGAGAGGCAUAAUAUUAGGAAUAGUCAGCAUGGCUUUGUCAAAGGCAGGUCAUGCCUUACGAACCUGAUUGAAUUUUUUGAGAAUGUGUCUAAACAUUGAAGGUAGAGCAGAAGAUGUAGUGUAUAUGGAUUUCAGCAAAGCAUUUGCUAGGGUACCCCAUCAAGAUUCAUUGAGAAAGUAAGGAGGUAUGGGAUCCAAGAGGUCCUUGCUUUAUGGAUCUAGAAUUGGCUUGCUCACAGAAGGCAGUGAGUGGUUGUAGACGGGUCAUAUUCUGCAUGGAGGUCGAUGACAAAUGGUGUGCCUUGGGGAUGUGUUCUGGAACCCCUUCUCCAUGAUUUUUAUAAAUGAUCUGGAUGAGGAAGUGGGGG